AUGGUAGUCUCCUAUGUGGCUUAUGCCUUCAACAAUACAGAGGCAAACGGAAUCAAUGCAACAACGCCCAUUUCAGAUGCUGAGCAUGGAAGUGGUGGUGGUAUCGACAACCCAGUUCAAGAUGCUCCUAAUCUCAGCCGUUACGAGAAGUUCGUGCUGGAAACAAUGAACGCCUCCAAAGAUCCCUGCGACAAUUUCUACCAAUACGCAUGUGGUAGCGCAAUCGCAAACUGGAAGAUAGAACACCGUUAUGCUCAGCGCCACAGUAUUAUAACGUCACUCGAAUCGGAACUCCUUUCGAGCAUGCACCAAUCGAUCAUGAAUAUCGGCACCUCAGGCAACGCUUCCGGCUUCGAACAAAAACUCAAAAAUUUCCAUUCGUAA